CACGGCCUGGGCGGAGAAGGGAAUCCCGUCGCUCCUCCUUCCAGGGAGGCUGACCUCGCCAUUGGCCAACCCCGGGUCUGGCGAAGAGAGGCGGUGAUUGAUGCCCGGAAUGGAGGACGACGAGGAGGAGGAGGAAGCGGCUUGGCUGCGCCCAGAGUCUCCCUGCGGUUCUGCGAGGAAUCCUCCCACUGCCUCUUGUCAUGGCAAAUCGAUGUCAACAGAAAGUUCCCAGAACCGAAUCAUUGUGCAUCUGGAUUUGGACUGCUUUUAUGCACAGGUGGAAAUGAUCUGCAACCCUGAAUUAAAAGGCAAGCCUUUAGGUGUUCAGCAGAAAUACAUUGUCGUCACCUGUAAUUAUGAAGCCAGAAGCUUUGGAGUCAAUAAACUCAUGUCUGUGAAAGAAGCAAAAGAAAAGUGCCCUGACCUAUUGCUGGUUAAUGGAGAAGAUUUAACAAAGUAUCGGGAAAUGUCUUAUAAGGUUACAGCAUUACUGGAAGAAUUUACUCCACUGGUAGAAAGACUUGGAUUUGAUGAAAAUUUUGUGGACAUCACAGAGAUGGUGGACUUAAAACUAGACCAGUGGAAGAAAGAUGCUUUUUCUAAAAUCAGUUUCUCUGGUCAUAUUUACAAUAAGCAGACUGUCAAUUUGCAUGAUCCAGUGCACAUACGAUUAGCUGUAGGAUCUCAGAUUGCAGCAACAUUGAGAGAAGCCAUGUAUCACAGGCUGGGCCUUACAGGUUGUGCAGGAGUGGCAUCCAAUAAAUUGCUCUCCAAGUUGGUGUCUGGAACCUUUAAACCAAACCAGCAAACAGUUCUUUUGCCUGAAAGCCACCAAGACCUGAUACUCAGCCUUGACCACAUUGGAAAAGUGCCUGGUAUUGGUUACAAAACUACAAAGCGCCUCAUGAUGCUGGGAAUCAGCACUGUGCGUGAUCUCCAGUUGUGUUCCACUGUGAUACUAGAAAGAGAGCUAGGAGGUUCAGCUGCACAGCAUAUCCAGAAACUCAGUCGAGGAGAAGAUGACUCCUUGGUCACACCAUCAGGGCCUCCUCAGUCUCUGAGUGAUGAAGACUCCUUUAAAAAGUGCUCUUCUGAAGCAGAAGUGAAAAAGAAAGUUGAAGAACUACUCACUAACCUUUUGCACAGGUUAUACAAGGAUGGCAGGAAGCCACAUACGAUAAGAUUGACUCUCCGGAAGUUUUCCCCUACUAAUAAAUGGUUUAACCGAGAGAGCCGUCAGUGCCCUAUUCCAUCCCAUCUGAUUCAGAGGAUUGGAACAGACGAUGCCAGCAUCAAGGCCCAACUGGUUGUCAUCCUUACGAAGCUGUUCCAUAAGAUGAUAAAUGUGAAGGCUCCAUUUCAUCUCACCCUUCUGAAUGUCUGCUUCUCCAACCUCAAGGCUCCUGCUUCCAACAAGAAAUCUAUUGGGUUUUAUUUAACUCAUCCAUCACCUUCUUCAAGCUGUGAAAAGCUUACUUCUAAAUUGGAAAAUGUGAAUGUUGCAGAACAUGAAAUUCCAGAAUAUCAGGUGGAACCUGACGACGUUUUGUCAGGGGGAAGAAACACAGGAAAUAUACCAGCUCACGGAGAGUCAUGUGGGCUCCCUAAACAACCGGGCAUUCCUGAAUUCCCUCUUCAUGUGCUUCCUCCUGAUAUUGACUAUGAUGUCUUUAAUCAGCUUCCAGAAGAAAUAAAGGAGGAAAUUAUAAAUGGUCAGAAGGAUAAAGGGGAUCCUGCUGCAACUCUUUUGUACCAGACAUUGCCUUCUACAAAGGAAAAACCAGUGAACAAAACACAAAACAGAAUGUGUUUUGCUUCUUUUCAUUCUCCUAACACUCAUCAAAAUAUUAGCACUUGUGACAUGGCCCCUGCUAAGGAGGAAUCUGCUGAAAAUACAUCUGUCACGAAUCAUACAGGAACUAUGGAUGCUAAAAACUCACCCUUAGCUCCAUCUCAGGCUUCUCAUUCCUGCCCAUUCAUUCCAGAAGAGCAGAAAGACCCAAAUGACAAAGACUUUCUUGAUGGAGGUUGGAAGGAAGGUUCAGAAAUGGUCCUUCCUCCAACAAUUGAUCCCAGAACAUUUUCUGAAUUACCUGAAGAGGUGCAGAAAGAACUGUUGGAGGAAUGGAAGGGUCAGACUCAUGUUUCCAAAAUGCAAUCCAGCAAAAUUCACAACAAGCUCAAAGAGAAAAAGAAAAGUCUGCCUUCACCACCACAGCAUAACAGUUUAUUACGAUACUUUAAACCAAAAUGAUAACCCUGUGUUCUUGGUGCAGAGAUUGUGGGCACGGAGACAAUACCUCUGAGGUGAUAUACUUUGAAACAAAAGCAGGGCUAUAUCUUCAAUAGAAUUUCAAAGCUGAGUUCUAAGAAGACACCAUUUCAGAUGACAAAGUGGGGAGAAAUUUUAGUUUUUCAUGCAUCCCAUUUUUUUAGAUUGCCAAAACACAUAUAAUGUUUCUA